AUUUAUCUAUUCCCUGUAUGCACAUGCUGCUGCAUCAAUUAGGUCGCUGGUAAAAAGCGCCUUGCCGAGAAGAGAACACUUGCGCGGGAAGCCUGCCCGGCAGUCAUUUUGCCUCGAAAGAACGGGCCAGCACAUAGCAGCUGGUACAUUUAUUCAAAAGUCUACCUGCCUCACACACACCGGUGUCCCAACGUUUGGGGGAGCAGCUGGUGCCAGAUACUAAUGGAAUUGCAGUCACGCUGACCAGGAUAGCACACUGGUGCUCCGCGCGGCGUUCUAGUUAUCGGGAUACCUAAGGCUCCGGUUUGCGGGCAUGGCAAGCCUUGCCAUCCUUGAGGCUGGUCCGCGCGGGGCUGACGGGCAUGCGACGGGUCUUCUCGGCUUACCGGCAGUCCUUGAGCGCCUUUCAGACCCGAGCCACCGUUGCCAGGGACCAGAGUUAACCUGUCUACUACAGGCGCUAUGCAAGCAGCUCAUCACCGCUGCGACAGACACCAACGUUGUUGUUUUCUCCUCAGCGGACCGGGCGCGAGCGGCUGCGUCGCGGUCAGCAGCAUCGGAGGUCGCGGCAGAGCUGUCUGUGGGCGCGCCAGAGCAGUGCAUUCCUUCGCCGGCGCUGCUGCUUACGGGAACUGCUUUCGCGCCGUCCUCGGCGCAAGCUCUACACCAUGACGGCAGCGCACUGGCGCUUCUGCCGGCCUCCGCGGCCUCCGCCAACGGCGGCAGCCCCGCUGACCUCGCCGCCCUCGCCGUCGCAGCCGCCCGCGGCGGCGGCGCGGCCGCCGCCGCAGCCGCCGUCGCAGCCGCCGCGGCCGCGGCGCACGCCGUCACGCGGCGCAGCCGCGCCGCCACCGCCGCCACCACCACCGCCGCGCCUCCCCCCGCCGCCGCGCCCGCCGGGCCUUCCGCCACCACAACCACAACUGCGGCCGCGGCCGCGGCGGCGCUUGCCGCCGGCCUGUCUCCCGCGGCAGUGACGCCGACGGCGGGCCUGGCGGGCAUGGUGGCGUCCGGCAUCGCGCUGCUGGUGGACCACCUGGAGCACUUCCACUACCGCGCCAAGGCCGUGGCCCUGGACGGCCUGCUGGCCCUCUCCGCCGUAGGCCUAGGGCCCGACCACCGCAUGGACCCAGCAGGAUUCUCCAUGCUGCCCAUGCCCGCCGGCGGAGCCGGCAGCGGCGGCGGCGGCUGCGCCGCAGGCGGCCUGCCGGCCGCAGCCGGCGGCGGAGCCGCUGCGGCGGCGGCUGCCGCCGCCGCGGCAGCGGCGCUGGCGGCCGCCGGCGGCAGCGUGGCCGGUGCCGGCGGCACCGGUAACGCGGAGGCGGAGGGCGCGGUGUCGGCGCUGGGCGGGUUGGGUCUGGGCGACUGGCUAGCGCUGCGGAUCAUCGGCGCGGGGGCGGUGCCACGGCUGCUGGAGCUGCUGACGCAGCGCACCGGCGUCAACUUUGUGCCUGUCCGGUUGGUGGCGUCGCAGGUGAUGCACAACCUGGCUCGCCGCCGCAACGCAGCGGUGCGGGCGGCUCUGGCCCGCUGGCGGCCGCUGCCGGGUCUGGUGAGCGGUCUGGACGUGGUGCUGGAGGACUCGCCCGACAUCGCGGCGCGGCUGCUGCUCAGCCUGGCGGACCUGCUGCCAGUGGCCUCACACCAGAUUGCCGGCGUCAUCCACAACCUUAUCGCCAAGCACGCACCGCAGUCGCAGCCACCGCAGACGAAUGAGGCCGCUGCUCAUGCGCCUGCGGCGGCCAAUCCAAUCAAGCAAGAGCAGCAGAAGCAGGGGCAGCAGGCCGCGGCGGCGGUGAGGCCGGGUCAGGGGCAGGAGCAGGAUGCGCGCAACGCGCCAGACCAAGGCCCCGCUGCCCAGGAUGCCGCAAACAAUGCCAGCAACGCAGAUGCUGCCAAACCGUCGCUCGAGCGGCAGCCGUCGGGCCAGCUGCCCCCGCACCCGCCCACCGCACCGUCCAAGGGCCGCAAGGCCAGGGCUGCCGGUGCCGCCUCCGGCGCGGCUGCGGCAGCGCCCUCGAUCGCCACCAACCGGCCCCGCCGCGGCGCCGGCCCCGCCUCCGUCGGCAAGGCCGCGGCGGCCAAUGCCGCGCCGCCUCCAGCCGCCGCCCCUGCCCAGGCGGCGCAGCCGCCUGCGGCGGCGCAGCCGCCUGCGACGGCGCAGCCGCCGCAGCCCGCCGCUGGAGGCGGCGGCGAAGCCACCGCCGCCGUCACCUCUACAGCGGCGGCGCAGCCGCCGCAGCUGGCGCACUUGGGCCUGGCUCCUGACGUGGACGUGCCGCUGGAGCAGCUGCUGCUGCGCGUGACGGGCUACUACAUGCGUCUGGCGCACAACGCGGUGCUGGCGCCGCCGCCGCUGCCGCCGCCGCCGCAUGUGAAGCCGCCCUUCGGCGAGGCGGAGCGGCGCGACUGCGAGCGGCAGCUCAUGACGCUCAAGGUAGAGGAGCACCGGCGGCGCCGCAAGGAGGCGGGCCAGAUCGAUUGCUGCGUGGCGGCGCUACUGGCCACGUCAUCGCUGCCUGCCGUACUUUUCGACGCCCUGUCGUACAGUCACAUUCGCGCUGUGGCGCUGCUGACCGGCGCGCCGGCGGCGGCGGGCCUCGGCGCCACCGUCAACGGCGGCCUGUGGCGUGGCCAGGACCUCCUGCCGUACAACCUCGCGCUCCUCACGAGCCUUGGCGGCGGAAUCGACGGCGGUGACUGGGGCGGCAGCCGCGGUGGCGGCAGCGCUGGCGUGCCAGCGGCGGCGGUGGCUGGCGGCGGCGGCUCCAUGGGGCUGCUGCUGGCGCCGCCAAGUACGGCGACGGCGCUGGCGGCGCAGCUGGGUGGCGGCGGCGGUUUGUAUGGCGGCGGCGCGCUGGCGAUCACGGCGGCGCUGGACCGCUUCUGGGGCCUUGAGCACCCCAGUGAGGCGGCGGCGGCGGCAGUGGCGGCGGCGAGUGACGCGGACGCCGACGACGCUGCGGCUGCCGAGGCCAGUGGUCGCCGCGGCGGUGGGCGGGUCAGUGGCAGCGGCGCGCUGGCGAUUGUCAACGGUUGUACGGGGCCCGUCGUACCAGGGGCGCCGUACGGUGACCGGCCCGUCAAUGACACGCUCAUGUCGCAGGCGGGUCAGCUUAUCCGUGUCAUGUUGGAUCGCGCCAUUCUGGCGGCGGAGGCUCUGCCCUCGGCCGUCAGCACCGCCGCCGCCGCGGCGGCCGCCGCGACAGGCGGCGGCGGCGGCGGCGCGCUGGGCGGCGGCGCCGGCGGCGCGAACGCUGGCCACCUGCUCGCACGCCACGCGGCGGCGGCGGUGGCGCUGGAGACGGCGCCGCUGGCGGUGCUGCGAGCCUUCGGCGGGGGCCUACUGGCGGUGCGGCGGCAGCAGAUGGCGGAGGCGGUGGUGGCGGAGGCGCCGCAGCUGCAGCGGCUGGCGGCGGCGCUGGCGGCAACCACGGGCAGCGCCGCUGCCGGCGUCGCGCAGGCGCGGCUGGCCCUGGGUUUGGCGAAUGUAUGGGCGUGCGGCUACGCUGCGACGGCGGUGGCGCGGCGGCGGCGCCAGCAGGAGGGCCGGCGGCUGCAGGCGCAGCUGCAGGCCCGAAUGGCGGCGGCCGCCAGAGCACCGGCUGCAAAGCAGCCGGCUGAUACCCCGCCGCUGAAUGCCGCCGGCACUGCGGCCGCAGCGGAGCUGCAGGCGCAGCCGGAGGCGCAGCCGGCUACUGCCGUUUGCACCCGCCGCGGCAGCCGGAGCCGGGCGACAUCCCGUGCUGGCUCGGGCGGCACCUCCAGCGACGCCGCCGCCGCCGCCAAGGAUGCCGCCGCCGAGGCGGAGGCUGCGGCAGUGCGCCGCAGCAGCCGCAUCAAGCGACGCCGUGACGGCGCCGCCACUGUGACGGCCCUGGACGGUGCCAAGGACGGAGCCUCCGCCGACGUCGACACCGAGCAGCUAGUCCCGUCGGCCGCCAGUGCCGACAUGGCCGCGGCGGCGGCGGCGGUGCCAGCUGUGGAAAGUCCCACAGACGCCGCGGUGGCCGCCAAGCGCUCCUGGCUUCUCAGCACUCUGGUCGACUUGCUCGCUGCGAGGUUUACGGAGACGCGAGGCAUGGCGGAGGCGCUGGAGCAGCAGCAGCGCGGUGACGGCGCCGGCUCGCAGCAGCAGCAACAGGCGGAGGCGGACAUGGCGGCGCUCGCCUCCGCCGCCGCGGCCGCGGCAGGGCAGUGGAUGGCGGCGGCGGCGGGCGGCCCAUGUAGCCCUGCCGACAAGCCGCGACAAGUGGCGGAGGCGCAGGCUGUGCUGCUGCAGGCACUGGCGCUGCUACUGCCGGGGCUGCAGCAGCACCACGCGCGGCGGCUGGUGGACGCCGGCGCCGCGCACUGCGCCGCCGGUGUGCUGCGCGCCGCCGCGUCAGCCGGCGGCGGCGGCGGUGGCACUGACAGUGCCACGUACGGCACUGCCAGCGGCAGGUCCGGCGCUGCCGGCGGCCAGGGCGCCUCGCCGCCGACGCCUGCUACUGGUGCUGAGGGCGACACACCGUCAACGGCGGCGGCGGCGGCGACAGGACCUGCGGCAGCGGCCGCUGCUGGUGUGGAGGAGGCGCCGCGGUGGAGUGAGGAGCCGCUGCACGGCGUGACCGCCGCGCAGGCGCUGGGCCUGUUGGUGCAGCUGCUACAGCUCGCCAGCAGCGGUGGCAGUAGCAGCGGUGUCGGCGGAAGCGGCGGCGGUGGUGUGCCGAUGCCCGCCGCCUGUUUCGGCGCGGGGCUGCAGCACCCGGACGUGCUGGCGGCGCUGGGUGGCGCGGCGCUGUUGGACACGACGGCGACGGCGGCGACGGCGACGGCGGCAACACAGGCAGCCCCAGACUGUGCACCUGUGGUGGCCGCCGGCGCAGCGGCGGAUGCGAUGGCAGAGACGGCGUGCGGCGAGGGCGCAUCGGCGCGUUGCUGGGAACUACUGCGGCUGCUGGCGGGCGGCCAGAGGCCCUGCGCCGCACACGACGCGCUGCUUGGGUUGCUGCCGCCGCUCGUGGCGCUGACGCACGGCCCCGCGCGGCGCUGUGUGGCCGCUCGCGGCGCGCUGCUGCCUGUGCUGCUGCGGACCACCACCUGGAACCACAGCCGCAGCCAGCGGCAACGGCUGGUGGUGCAGGCGCUGGCGCUGUGGGCGCCACACAUGAUGCCGCUGCUGCUGCACCAGCCCCGGCUGGCGGCGGCACCGCCGCCCCAGGCCGACGUGCGGGCCCCGCUCGUCCCCGCCGCUGCCGAGGCUGCGCCCGCUGGCGCCGUCGCCAUCGCGCACAAGGGCCUUGUCGCCGCCAAGGCUGCACCUGGCACCGGAGGCCGCUCGACCUCCCAAAUGACACUGCCGUACGGCUCAAGCCGCGGCGGCGCGUCGAGCAGUGCCGUCGGCGGCGCCGGCGCCAAGUACGGCACGCCGUCGACCGUUGGCCCGGUGGCGCCAGGGAGCGAGGGCCCGCACGGGCAAAGGACGCCGCCAUGGGGCGGUCGUGGCGGCGGCGGCGCGGGCGGCGGUAGCACCGCCGCCGCGUCGUCGCUCCUGUCCCCGACCCGCCAUGUGCCUUUAUCCAUCGGGGCGCAGGUCGGUGGCGGCGGCGCGACGCUGGUACGUGGUGGUGGCGCCGCCGCGGCGGCGGCGGCGGCUGCCGGCAGCCGUGCGCGCCGCGGCAACAGUCGCCUUGCGGCCAUGUCAAUGGCAUCGCCGCCGCCGCCGCCAGCGGCGGCGGGUGUGCCGGCGCGCGCUGGCCGCGGCAACACCCAGCCCGCUGCAGCGCAGGCGGCGGAAGCUGCCGUUGCGGCCCUACAAGCGGAAACGUUGUAUGCUGCUGCGGCUGCUGACGGCGGGGAUGCAGCUGCGGCGGCUGCCGCCGCCGCCCUGGCGGCAGUGCGGGAGGCUGUGACGCCGGCGGCGGUGUGCGGCUUCAUUGAGGCGGUCAGUGAGCGCCUGGGCGACGUCGAAGUGGUCCAACACCUGCACACCAUCGGCUGGCUACGCGCGGUGUGCCACGGCUCGGAGGCGGCUGACGCAAGUGUGCGCGACAGCUGCCGCCGCACCGUCCGCCAGGUCGCCCGCGUGCUGCUGGCAGCGGCGCACCAGCAGCCGGACCGCCAGUGCCCGCAAGGGCACCAGGCGCGCGUGCUGCCGCCGCUGCUGCUCUCAGAGCUGCAGGCGGAGCAGGGCGGCAGUGCGGCCGCUGGCGCCGGCGCCGCGGGCCUGAGCGCGCUGCGAGCGCAGCUGCUCUCGCUGGAGCCGACCACGGCGGCGGCGCUGCUGCAGCCGCCCUCAACUGCGGCUGAGGUUGCUGCACUACCGGCGCAGGCGCUGGCCGCAGUUGAGGGCAAUGCAGUCGAGCCAGUGCAGGCGGCGGUGCAGGCACCGGCGCUUGCCGUAGGGGAGGAGGAGGUGCCGGAGCUUUUGCUUGGUUCCCAGCAAGAGGAAACACAGCCGCCACAGCCGCAGCUUCAACAGCCGCUGCCCCAGCCCCAGCAGCAGCAGCCCCAUGUGGCAGAGGUGGAGGCGGAUGACGAGGAGGUGGUGGUGGUUGCGGAGCUGAGGCUGCUCGUGACGGUGAAGGUGCAGCCCAAGGAGGAGCCGGCGCAGGAGGAGGGUGCAACGCAGGCGCCUGUGCGCCGCUCCACGCGACGCCGCGCAGCGAGCGCCGGCGGCAAUGCCGCGGCACCGACGGCAGCGGCCGGCAGCGGCAAGGGCCGCAAGGCUGCAACUGGCGGUGGGCGGCGUGGCGCGGCGGGAGCGGGAGGGGGCUCUGGAUCUCGUAAGGGCGGCCGCGCGGCAGCUGUCAAGGCCGAGCCUGCGUCGCUGCAGGAUGCCGGCUCGUUCGACGCCGCUGACGAGCUGACCGCCGCGGCGGUUGUGCCCCUGGCGGCGGACGUGGCGGCGGGAGCGGGAGCGGUGGUUUCUCCGUUGGCCAAGCGCCGGCGGCUGAGCCUGGAGGAGCAGGAGGAGGCGCGGGGCGGUGCCGCGGGCACAGACGCGCCGCGGGCUUGGGCGCCCGCCGCCAGGGGUGUGGUAAUCAAGGAGGAGCCCCUUGACGUGGCCGGUGGCGUGGGGUUCGUGGCGGAUGCCUUCGGCAGCGCUUCGGUACUGCUAGGCGGGGCUUUCCCGGCCGCGCCGGCCCUGGGCGCAAUGGCGGCGACGGUGGCGGCGGAGGCGCCGCAGGCGCUGCAGCUGCAGCUGACGGCGGCGGAGGUGCAGCUGGCAGGUGCGGUGCGUCGGGCCGCCAUGUCGCUAGAAGGCGCGCUGGCGGCGCGGCGGCACGACCUGGCGGCGCUGAGUGCGUCGGAGCAGGCGACGGCGGCGGCCGCCGCCGCCGCUGCCACGAUGGCGGUUGCUGCGGCUGCAGCGGCCGCUGCCGCGCCCCACCAGCAGCAGCAUGCACAGCCGCAGGCGGCCGCAGUAACGGGUGCGAAAAAGGGCACAGGCAAGGCUGCUGGUAAGGCGGCGGGUGUGGCCGGGCGCAAGGCCGCGCUGCCGCCGGUGGCGCCCCUGCCGGUUCCGGCGGCCGCGGCAGCCGCACACCAACCGCUUCCGUUGGCGCCGCUCAACGGCACCAACCAACACCAGGCACACCAGGCCGUUGCAGAUGCCGAGUUCCUCAACCGCACAUACCGAGGUGUCAGCAAGCGCCUCAACUUUGAUGACUUGUAGGCAUGUGCCUUGCUAAAAUUGUAGAUGUAGGUGUUGUGUUCCUACCAGCGUAGUUAAGUUGUGGCUGCAUCGAAACUUGCUUGUAUGGCAGGCCAGGGGCCGGAGCUUGAAGAACGUGCAAGCUUAGGAAGGUGCGCAGCGUUAGGUAGCCAGCACGAGCAUGCAUGCGUCAUAAAGCAGCCUUGGCCCUGGGCCGGUGUGGACGUUGACUCGUCGGAGAUUCAUGUUACGGUAGGUAGGAGGCACGGCAGGCAUGUUGAAGGACCACCAGUAGCAAGCAGGCUUAGGAAUUAGGAUAGAUGGAUUGUAGGAAGAUACCCUAGAUACAAGAGACCAUUCUCCGUUGGGUAUGGGGCGUUGACUCAAGAAGGUAGGACUCAACAAGCUGUCAGUUGAACUUUUGAAGUUUCUGGGGUCGUGGCCCGUGGGGAGCCCAGCAGCACUCUGGGCCACGACCCCAGAUGUUGUAGACUUGUGAUUAGGGUGUACACCCCCGUGCUCGCGAUGAGCCGCUGACGCAUGUAAACAUGGAACGUC